AUGAACCCCAAAGAGCAUUACAAAGCAAUUACAUUGACGAGUGGGAGGACAUUGCAGGAACAAAAACCAGAAGCAAAACAAAAGCAGAAGGGAGAAACUUCUGAAAAUUUUGACAGCCAAGAAGAGGAGGAAGAGAAGUUCCAAAAAGCCAAAUUAGACAAGCAGUUUAGAAAAUUUUUAAAAGUUUUACAGAAACUUUACAUAAACAUUCCUUUUGUAGAAGCACUAUCUCAAAUGCCAUCCUAUGAAAAAUUUUUAAAGGAAAUUCUUUCUAAGAAAAGAAGGUUGGAAGACUAUGAGACAGUUGCUUUAACAGAGGAAUCUAGUGUGAGCCUGAUACCCUUAUCUAUAUGUCAAAAGUUGAAUAUUGGAGAAUUGAGAUCAACUACUAUAUCAUUACAAUUAGCAGAUAGGUCUGUCAAGUAUUCAGUUGGCAUCUUAGAGAACAUCCCUAUCAAAGUGAGUAAAUUUUUCAUUCCUAUAGAUUUUGUUGUCCUGAAAAUGGAGGAAGAUGCCCAAAUUCCCAUAAUAUUGGGAAGGCCUUUCUUGGUAACCGCUGGAAAAAUUAUAGAUGUCAAAAAAUGGGUGGUUAACUCUCAAAACAAUCUAAUAGAGGAAGAAUUUCGAAAAAGAUAUCCCGAAGAUCCUCUUGAAGCUUGCAUAAUGCACAGCCACACAGUAGAGGAUGAAAACAAAGAAAUUGCAGCAUAUGCACAAUCUUUUGAAGCUAACCCACCUCUACCUUUGUAA